AUGAUCGCUUCACCCCCAAGAGACUUCAGAAACAUCAGUGGCCACCACCCUGCCUCCCACCACCCGUACAUCACCUACUUCGACCACUACUCAGAUGACUACACGGUCAAGGAUGACCACCACCCCAGGUUGGACUUUCUUCCUUUCUGCUCUUGUGACAAUGGUGGGACCUGGGACCAAGGUCAGUGCCUCUGCCCCUUGGGAUUCUCUGGUGAGCGCUGUAACGUCUUGGACAACAAGUGCCAGAAUGGGGGCAAAUGGGAUGGCCUCAAGUGCCUGUGCACCAACACCUUUUAUGGCCCCCUUUGCGAGUUCCCUGUUGAAGAGUUGGAACUGGACACUGUGGAUGCUGCAGUGGGCAUGGAGGUGUCUGUGGACCAGGAGUUCUCCACCGACCUCAAUGACAACACUUCCCAGGCCUACAGGGAAUUCAGCACUGCCUUCCAGAAUCAGAUGAAGAUCGUUUACCGAAAUGUGCAGGAGUUCCGGAGUGUGGAGAUCCUGGCCCUAAGAAAUGGCAGCAUCGUGGUAGACUAUCUGGUCCUGUUGGAGUUGCCCUUCAGCCUCCAGCUGGAGAGCGAGUAUGAGAAGGUGAAGAUGGCGCUGAAGGAGGAGCUCCAGAAUGCCAGCCAGGAGGGGGCCAGCUGUGGGGAAGACACUCUGUGUUUUAAGCCUGACUCCAUCAAGGUGAACAACAACAGCAGGACGGAUCUGACUCCAGAAGCCAUCUGCCGCCGCGCCGCUGCCAAGGACUACGAGGAUUUCUACUUCCCCUUGGUUGAGGCGAACCGGCUCCGCUGCGUCACCAAGUGCACGUCGGGUGUGGAAGGCGCCAUCGACUGUCACCAGGGCCAGUGCUUUCUGGAGAAGAGCGGUCCCGCGUGCCGGUCCUGGACCGAGGACAGGAAGUGGGCAGAGAUCUGGGAUGAGAACACUAGAGGCACUUUUUCAAAUUUGGGCUUCGAGGACGACAGAAUAGUCAAGGAAGAAAACUUCCAGUUGGCGUUGGAGAACGUGGACACCAAUGUGAACGUGCAGAUCCAGAGGCCUGAGGUGGCCUUCACCUCUGCAUGA